UCACAGAAGAAAAACAAUAACAAAUCGUUUAUAUCAAACACAACGACUAUAAACUGCUUUUACUGAAAAUUCAGGUGGGGCUGUUGGUAACAAAUGCGGCACUGGCUCUGGUCCAAUACAUCACUGCUAAUGAUUUUGUAUCGGCAUGAAAACCAGUGUGGAGGUGCUGGCUCAGCAGAUAGUGACAACUGAGCAGGUUGCAGAGACGCAGAAACCUUCUAUAAACAGCCCAGUGAUGAGUGCUUCUCCACAGCGCAUCCAGAUCAUCUCCACUGACUCCACUGUCACCACACCACAGAGAAUACAGAUUGUCACGGAUCAGCAGACAGGCCAGAAGAUCCAGAUUGUGACCACUGUGGAUCCUUCCACCGUACCCAAGCAGCAGUUUAUCUUGGCAGCUCAUGAUGGCACAGCAGCAGGCAAAGUCAUCCUGGCAUCCCCCAGCAGCCCCAGCACUAAGCAGCUCAUCUUUACCACAGGAGACAGCCUUGUACCUGGCCAAAUACAGUUUGUCACAGACGCGGUUUCAGUGGAAAGGCUUCUGGGUAAAGGAGCAGAUGUGGGUCGAGCACAACCUGUAGAGUACUGCGUUGUUUGUGGAGAUAAAGCCUCAGGGAGGCACUAUGGUGCUGUUAGCUGUGAGGGCUGUAAGGGCUUCUUCAAGAGAAGUGUGAGAAAGAGUCUGACCUACAGCUGUCGCAGCAACCAAGACUGCGUGGUCAACAAACACCACAGAAACCGCUGCCAGUUCUGCCGCCUCAGGAAGUGCCUUGAGAUGGGCAUGAAGAUGGAGUCUGUGCAAAGCGAGAGGAAGCCCUUAGACCUGCCUAGAGAGAAGCCUGCCAACUGCGCCGCCUCAACUGAGAAGAUCUACAUCCGAAAAGAUUUACGAAGCCCCCUUAUAGCCACUCCAACUUUCAUCACCGAUAAAGAUGACUCGCGCUCUGGGUUGUUAGACCCUGGGAUGCUGGUGAACAUCCAGCAACCUCUAAUCCAAGCUGAUGGCACUUUACUCUUAGCAACGGACACAAAGGCAGAGACCGGACAUGGUGAUCUGGGGACACUGGCCAAUGUUGUGACCUCACUAGCCAGUUUCAAUGAGUUGCUUAAUAACGGAGACAUCUCAGAGAGGCAAGAAGAAUCAGCCAGCGAAAUCACACGUGCCUUUGACACUCUUGCCAAAGCAUUAAACCCCAAUGAGGAGGGAGAGGGGCAGAGCCUGUCAGAGGUGGAGUGUGUGGGCGGUGCAACUAUACAGGUGAUCAGCAGAGAUCAGGUCACGCCCCUUAUAGAAGUUGAGGGACCUCUACUCACAGAUACACAUGUAAACUUUAAGCUUACAAUGCCCAGUCCAAUGCCCGAAUAUCUAAAUGUUCAUUACAUUUGUGAGUCUGCUUCUCGCCUGCUGUUUCUAUCCAUGCACUGGGCACGCUCCAUCCCAGCCUUUCUUGCUCUUGGGCAGGAGUGUAACACAUCUCUGGUACGGGCAUGCUGGAAUGAGCUGUUCACUCUGGGUCUAGCACAGUGUGCUCAGGUCAUGAGCCUUUCCACCAUCCUUGCUGCAAUUGUCAACCAUCUACAGACCAGCAUACAGGACGACAAGCUGUCCGGUGAGCGGGUGAAGCUGGUGAUGGAGCACAUAUGGAAGCUGCAGGAGUUCUGUAACAGCAUGGCCAAGCUGGAGACAGAUGGUUAUGAGUAUGCCUACCUGAAAGCCAUUGUCCUCUUUAGUCCAGACCACCCAGGCCUGAGCAGUAGCAACCAGAUCGAGAAGUUCCAGGAGAAAGCUCAGAUGGAGCUGCAGGACUACGUGCAAAAGACUUAUCCAGAUGACACCUACAGGCUGGCACGGACCCUAAUGCGGCUACCUGCCCUCCGCCUGAUGAGCUCCAGCAUAACAGAGGAACUCUUCUUCACGGGCCUGAUCGGAAACGUGCCCAUCGACAGCAUCAUCCCUUACAUCUUAAAAAUGGAGACGGCAGAUUACAACAGCCAGAUCACAAGUCCUAAUGCAUGACUACCGAGUGACCAGGUUUUGAAACUGGAUUGAAGUUGCAGAUGAAAAUCCUGCUUUGCCUUCAUGCAGGUUGAUGCAAAAGUUACAACCAUCAUUUUUUCCUUCAGUGUUUUAUAUUUUGUUUUUCAGCACUGACUGAAUCGUAUUGAAAACGGACACAACAGAGUUCCUAAAGACUGAUGCACCAUGGACUUUAAAUAAGGACAGUGUUUUUUUUUUACUAUUUCUAAGCACUUGUUUUCCAGAGACAGUAUCAUAAGACUUUACGGCUCACUGAGACGAGACAUCAGCCAUAUACAAGUCUUGACCUAUUUAAGACUAUCUAUGUUACAGCUGUCAAUCCAAUGGUCAGUAGCACUUUUUUGCUUUUAGAAAGCUUCACAAAAGAGGUUAAGAUAGGAAGCUAGUCCAGAAAGCUAUUCCACACUGCAAAAUAAAUAUACCCAGGAUUGUUUUCUAUUUUAUUUAUGCAUUUUUCUCCCAAUUUAGCGUAGCCAAUUUGUCUUCCGCUGCUGGGCGAUCCCUGAUUGCAGUCGAGGUGGGUAUAUUGCUGCUCACGCCUCCUCUGACCCAAACGCAACCCUUAGCGGAACCCUUUUUCACCCAUGCACUCUGCACCUCUCUAUCUGCCAGUCAGGGUCCUUACACAGCGUUUUAAAACCCCACCCACAUAGUCCGGUCAUCCCGCCCUAGCAGAGACGUGUCUGCUGCAGGCACUGCCGAUUAUGCCCGGUGGAAACGGGAGUUUCAAACCGAGGAGUUCAGAAU